GAAACAACAUCAUCCACUACUAGGAAACGGGCCAAGAUGAUGCAGGAUGUCCGUGACAAAGUGAGCGGUGGUGCUGCUGCUGCACAGAUGAAGGCAGAACUCCAGCUUCACCCUCGUGACGAGCUGCAACAGAUGUUGCAGGAGUUGAAGCUGGAUCGGAUCGUCAUCCCCAAUGGUCACCUGUUGGCAGCAAAAGUUGGGGUUGGAAUGAGCUGGAGUCAAAUAAGAAAGUUGAAAAGGUGGCUGGGCAAAUAUAACAUCAAGCUCCCUAGUGAGAAGAUUUCGAGGGAGAUAGCUGCAGAACAGAUUUCUGGGUUUGACAUCACUGCAGAAAAGUUACCUUUUUCUGUAAGGGAGAACCGCAAGGACCCAUUCACAGUACAGCUCCGGCCUUGUGCUUACGUCACGUCAUUGAAAGACACCAUCUUCUCCUACCUGGACAAGAACAAGGAAGCAAACAUGCUGACCUGGCACGGCAAAAUCCCAGAAGACGAAGUUUGGGUGAAACUUGGUGGGGACCAUGGUGGGGAAUCAUUCAAGAUGAUCUUCCAAGUCCUCAACAGGGAUCACCCAAACUCCAAGGACAACACCAACGUCUUUUGCAUUUUUAAUGCAAAAGACAGCCGUGAAAACCUGACCCUGGCGCUUCAGCGAUACACUGAAGAGAUCAGAGACCUUCAGGUGUCUAAGUGGACGUCCGACGGGAAAGAAUACAAGCUGAAAAUCCUUGCUACAGGAGACUACGCCUUCCUGUGCACGUGGUAUGGGCUGUCUGGAGCUUGCGGAUUCCACCCCUGUCUAUGGUGCUAUAUCACCCUGCACCAGAUUCCAGAGGACAGGGAGAACAGACCUCUCAGAAUCCCUAAAAGGACUCUGGACUCCUUGGCUGCAGACCACCAGAGGUUUGUCCAAGAGGGCAUGGGCAAACUCAAAAAGGCCAAGGAGUACAACAAUGCCAUUGCACCAGUGAUGUUCAAUGUGCCUAUAGACCAGGUUAUGGUGCCUGGUCUGCACAUCGGCCUCGGCCUGUAUAAGAAGCUUUUUGAACAUCUAGAGGCUGAUUUGCAGGACAUAGACCUGAAGCUACAGUCAUACCUUGAGUCUGUCCUAGCUGAAGGCGAGGUGACGAAGGAUGUUCUUCUCGCCGAUGAACAUCUGGGCAAGUUCAAGUCCUUCGUCGCUGCCAUUGACGAGGCGCGAGCUUUGGAUGAUGCAGCAGAUGUCCUUGAAGACCAAAUAGAAGAACAGGAGAGCCAGCUGGCCUGGCUUGCCUACAGAGAUGGCGUGGAGGACUCCAUGGCUGAAGUCGUCUUCAACGAGGCCUGCAGCAUGGUUCAGGACCUGUUCCAGCAGAAGGAAACUCUGAGGGCAAAGGCUGAUGCUGUCAGGAAUAAAGCAUCAGUGAAGACCGGCAAGGGCCCCUUGACGUCACAGUUGGAUCCUAAACUGAAAGAGUUUAAAGUCCGCAGGCAGGAGUACCAUGGCAAAUCCUUCAUCGGCAACCAUGUACAUAAGAUGCUCAAGGAAAAUGCAAUAAACGAGCUAACAUCUAUCGUGGUCACAACCAUAAAUGAAAUCCUGGAGAAGUUUCCUGACCUGCCCCUGUCACUGGUGCCAAAGGCACAUGCAACGGCUGAGAAGCACAAGCAGCUCUUCACGCUGUUUGCCCAGUGCCAUAAGAAGUACUCCCACGCUGAUCUGAUGGAUGCGGAAGCUAUAAAUGAGCUGGGUAAGAAUUCCCAUAAAAAUAACAUUCUUUGUGUAUUGUUCACUCAUUUUUCCUCACCCCAGCAUGCCUGGGAUCUUUGAUGUGUAUUUAGCUAUGGAUGUAACUUAAAAUGGCAUGUAAAUUGAUUUCUAUGUAAACAUUUACAUUUACAGACAAUGCAAUCACAGCAUUCAUGGGAUAUUAUCGGCAACAUGUGCCACAUGGGACAGUACCUAUAAAGAUGCACAUGUUGGAGGAUCAUGUGGUUGACUGUGUCAGGAGUUGGGGGUUUGGGCUUGGCUUCCUG